AUGGUCCUCAAACCCCUUGAUACUGUAGAGUUUACUGAUGCGAGCCACUCGCCAGUGCUCCAUCGAGAUCUACGGGGUCAAUUUGCACGCAUUGUUGGCGGUGAAGGUCAUCACUAUGUGGUAGAAGGCGGCAGGAAACUUUUUGACGCCUCUGGAGGCGCUGCCGUCGCUUGUAUCGGCCAUGGUGACAAGAGAGUGGCAGACGCCAUGGUGAGGCAGAUCAACAGCAUCGCAUAUAGCCCUUCGACAUUCUUCACAACCCCCACCUGCGAGAAACUGUGCCAGUUUCUCGUCGAUUCGACCGGCGGCCAGAUGUCACGAGCUUACCUAGUCAGCAGUGGAUCCGAGGCUAUGGAGGCAGCAAUGAAGCUCGCAAGGCAGUUCUUCCUGGAGAAGGAUACGCCAGAACCCCAGAGGCAUCUAUUUAUCGCUCGAGAAAGGUCUUACCAUGGAACAACUCUCGGCGCACUCUCUAUGGGCGGUCACGUUUCUCGCCGAGCCAAAUUUACGCCGAUGCUCCUCGACAAUAUCGUUUCUCAUGUGUCCCCAUGUUACGAGUACAGGGGCAAAGCGCCUGCGGAAUCAGAUGACUCAUAUGUUACCCGUCUUGCCCAGGAGCUUGACGAUGAGUUUACCCGGGCUCUGGGUUGUGUCCCAUCCGUGAGCGGCUAUUUCCAGGCUGUCAAGGCAGUUUGCGAUCGACAUGGUGCCCUUCUUAUUAUGGAUGAGGUCAUGAGCGGCAUGGGCCGCUCUGGGACUCUUCAUGCUUGGGAAGGUGAAGGGGUUGUACCCGAUAUCCAGACUAUUGGCAAGGGUCUAGCCGGGGGUUACCAACCGAUUGCCGGCGUCCUAGUCAACAAGGGAGUAGCUGAUGUGUUGGAGAGAGGUUCCAGUUGUUUCGUUCAUGGGCACACAUAUCAAGGUCACCCUAUUGCGUGCGCGGCAGCACUCGAAGUACAGCAUAUCAUUGAGUCAGAUGGUCUACUAGCCAACGUACGAGCCAUGGGUCAGUUGCUUUCAGAGCUCUUGAGGGAGCGCCUCAGAGACGAACCUUACGUGGGCGACAUCCGCGGCAAGGGACUCUUUUGGGGCAUCGAGUUCGUGCGGGAUAAGGUGAGCAAGGAACCUUGGCCCAGAGAAGCACAGGUGGCAACGGAGAUGAGCGAUCUUGGGCGCACCGAGGAAUACGGCAUUGUGGUUUACCCUGGUGCGGGAAGCAUGGACGGCGUUCUAGGUGAUCACAUCAUUGUGGCGCCGCCGUAUACUGUGACAAGGAACGACGUUGAGUUCAUUGCCGAGACGGUGGUGAAGCUAAUUAAGGGAUAUUUCGCAAGACUGGAGCAAUCUGGGUCAGCUAUUUGA